UUCUCAUUCAGAAGUGGUACAUUCAAGUAUUGUUUUAAAACAAUGAAAGCUAUUAUCAUUUGUGCUGUGUUGAUUGCUCUUGUUGCCGAUGCUCAGGCUGGUUAUUUAAGCGGCAUUGGCGGCGGUGGCUACGGUGGAUAUUCUAAUUAUGGAAGUGGUUUUCAUGGAGGUGGUUACGGAGGUGGUUACGGAGGUGGUUACAGUGGUGGUUACAACGGUGGGGGCUACAGCAGUGGUUAUGGUGGCGGCAUCAGCACAAUAAAGGUCAUUCGCUUAGGCGGUUCGGGAUACGGCGGCAGCGGUUAUGGAGGUGGAUAUGGAGGUGGACAUGGUGGCGGAUAUGGAGGACAUGGUGGGGGUUAUCGCAGCUACGGCGGUUAUAGCCAUGGCUGGUAAUUAAACACUUGACGGCAAACAUUAGACGAAUUUAAUGCCUUUGAUAAACAAUGCUCCGGCUGGUGUUUUUUUUAGUUAGGGAAGAGCCCCGCCAUCGCCAUUAGUCAUCAAUUAUAUGCAUUAUUAUGUCGAAUUGUGCCGAACGAUAAUAAAUUUUGAAACAAAUAAAAUUUUGGUUGGUCAUAAAAGCAACAA